AUGGCAUCACAGGACGAAACGGCGGUAAAAUCAAGUACAGCCGUAGCCGAAGUCGCGACACCAGAAAUCUUUCCGCCAGAUGAAGAGAAAAAGCUGCUGGACGAGUCGAACACGGAGAAAGCUUCCGCGAACAAAACAUUCACAUCCGGCGAAUACAACGGCGCGAUACAAGGCUAUGAAAAGGCGCUAGCAGUAUGCCCUUCUUACCUUGAAUACGAUAUUGCCGUCCUCCGUUCCAACAUUGCAGCUUGCCACCUAAAGUUGGAAGAGUGGAAGCAAGCCGUAGAAUCUGCGACCCAAGCUCUGGAAGCGUUGGACCGGAUAGAUCCUCCACCCCAGAAAAAUGAGGACAAAGAAGUAACAGGCGGUGGCGCAAUUGCUGAAAUAGACGAUACAACCGAACUCUACCUCGACGCCCUCACUCGAACCAGCCAUACGAUAAACGACGUCCACAAACUCCGCACGAAAGCACUCCUACGUCGCGCCAAAGCACGCCAUGAAGUUGGUGGCUGGGCGUCUCUACAAGGAUCACUGGAAGACUACCAAGCCCUCUCCAAGACGCCUCACCAGCUCUCGAGCCUGGACCAGAAAGCCGUACAGGCAGCGUUGAGGAAGUUGCCGGAGCAGUUGGAAGAGGCGAAGAAUACGGAGAUGGCGGAUAUGAUGGGCAAGUUGAAACAGCUUGGUAAUGGCAUACUGAAGCCGUUUGGAUUGAGCACGGAUAAUUUCCAGUUCACGAAAGAUGAGAAGAGCGGGGGAUAUAGUAUGAACUUCAACCAAGGUGGGAAGUAG